AUUCAUAGUAUAAUAUUAAGAAAACAGUAUCAAAGAGUUUCCUCAUAUACUAGCGUUCAAAAUGAUCAAGAAAUCAUUAGCAAAAAUUCUUUUUGCUAUCAUAUUUGCAGCCAUGAAUGUGGUUACAAUUGUGGCUGCAGUUGAUCCAGCAGCAGGAGCAGCAGCGGAAGGAGAGCCAGUUCUUGAAUUCUACAUGCAUGACAUUUUAGGCGGCAGCACCCCAACUGCUCGGCCAAUCACCGGCUUGUUAGGCACUAUCUACAGUGGGCAAGUGCCCUUCGCAAGGCCUCUUGGUUUUGUACCCCCGGAAAAUGGUGUAGCCAUUCCAAAUUCUAACGGCGCAAUCCCAACAGUAAAUGCCAAUGGUGUUCCAUUAGGCACUGGCUUAGCCGGUACAGCUUUUGCCGGUAUCCCCAAUGGCUCAAACAACAAUGGUAAAACAAUUAACACACAGUUAGGUCCUGAUGGCUUGGGUCUAGGCUUUGGCACGAUUACAGUCAUCGAUGAUUUCUUAACCUCUGCUCCUGAGUUGGGGUCGCAGCAACUUGGGAAAGCGCAGGGGGUUUAUGUUGCAAGCUCUGCAGAUGGAUCGACGCAAAUGAUGGCAUUCACAGCUGUGAUGGAAGGAGGGGAAUAUGGUGACAGCCUUAACUUCUUUGGAGUGUACAAGAUUGGAAGUACCAUGUCUCGCCUGUCCGUGACAGGGGGUACAGGCAAGUUUAAGAAUGCGUGUGGAUUUGCAGAGGUGCGAUCGCUCAUUCCGGCUGGUCAGCAUGUCCUUGAUGGUGUUGAGGCAUUGCUAAGGCUCACAAUUCAUCUUACUUACUGACGAGUACUUCACGCUCAAAUCGAACAAGAAUAAGAAAUUGUGGGCUUUGUUUGUAUGAAAAUUCAUGUGUUGGUUUGUAAUUUCUGUUUCAGUGUGGCAACGAAUGCAAAGAAAAAAUUGUAAGGAUUUUUUAAGAUGGGCUUGUAUGUGUGAAUAA